AUGUUGAAAUUUAGAUCCCAAAUAUUGUUAAAAAGAGGAACUAAACUCGAAUAUGGGACCCCUUGGGGUACCCAUAAAUUUCUUGGUUUGAAUUCAACAGGAUAUAAUAAUGUGAAGUUGCCAUUAUCUUAUCAAUCUAUUCGUUUAAAUUCUACCAAACAAGAUAAUUCUAAAUCUGUGAUUGCUAAACCAAAAGUGAAGAAACCAUUAUGGACAGUCAUAAAAGAAGGUGCAAGUCAUUAUUGGGAUGGUACCAAGUUAUUAGGAUUUGAAAUCAAGAUAUCCUCAAGAUUAUUGAUGAAAAUGUCAUCUGGUAAAACUUUGACACGUAGAGAAAUGAUUCAGUUAAAGAGGACCACCCAAGAUGUAGUUAGAUUAGUACCAUUUGCUGCUUUUGUAUUGAUCCCAUUUGCCGAGUUAUUAUUACCUUUAGCUUUAAAGAUUUUCCCAAAUUUGUUACCAUCUACAUAUGAAUCUACUCAAUCCAAAGAAACAAAAUUAGCCAGUUUAAGAAAGACAAGAGAAUUAGUUACAAGUAUCAUUAAAGAUAAUAAAUCCCAUUUCAAACCUCAAGGUAUCACCGAAGAGCAAAAAAUAUUAUUUAAUAGAUUUUAUAAACAUGUGAGAGCCACUGGUGAAAGUGAAUCACGUAGUCAAUUAAUUGAAGUAGCUAGAUUAUUUAGUGAUGAUACCGUUUUGGAUAAUUUGAGUAGACCACAUUUAAUUGCGUUGGCUAAAUAUAUUAAUAUUCAACCUUUCGGAACAGAUGUUAUGCUUAGAUAUAGAAUUAGAUUUAAAUUAUUAGAUUUGAAAAAAGAUGAUUUUGCAUUAUAUUAUGAGGAUGCAGAACAAUUAAAUUCCAAUGAAUUACGUAGUGCUUGUGCCUCUAGAGGUAUUAGAAUUAAGGAUACUUCAGAUGCAACUUUAAGAAAAAAUUUAAAAUUAUGGUUAAAUAUGAGAAUUAAGGAUAAGAUUCCAUCGACUUUAAUGGUUCUGGCAACAUCAUAUAAUUAUGGUGAUGCUUCAUCGAAGAAAUCAUUAUAUGAUUCAUUAUGCGAUGUUUUGAGUGCUAUCCCAGAUGAAUUAUACCAUGAAGUUAAAGUUAAUGUGGUUAAAGAGGACGACGCUACAGCAAAACAGAAGUUGGAGCAUUUGAAGGAACAAGAUGAGAUCAUGAAGGAAGAAGUCGAACAAGAAGAAGGUUCUAUUGUGAAGGUUAAAGAUAGUCUAAGUUUAGAUGCAAUUGACAAAGUUCAAGAAGAAGCUACAGAGAGCGUAAAGUCGAUCUUGGCUAAGGAUAAAGAACUAAAGGGAAAGAAAUCAAGCAAAUGA